AUGAGCGAAGCAAGUAGUUCAGAUCUAUACUCAGCUAUUUCUUGCUCCGACUUAUGCAGUGGUGAGAGCGAUUCAAGCCCAUGGAUUCUUUCCGUUCUUGCCUCCUUACUAGAAAGACUUGUAGCCAGACAUGAAAGGCUGAUAUUUUCUUCAGGCAAAAGGAUUUCAAAAGAGAAUAUGUGUGUUUUCUCUGCAAUGCAAAUUCCUGUCAUGAGCUUACAGAAGUACUUCGAAAGGAUGUUCAAGUAUGUCGGCUGCAGUCCUUCUGCAUUUGUUGUGGCGUAUGCUUAUAUUGAUCGCCUAAUUCUCAGCAAUCCCAACUUCCGCUUAACCUCUCUUAACAUUCACAGGCUUACCAUCACCACUGUCAUGGUUGCAACCAAGUUUUUAGAUGAUCUGCAUUACAAUAAUAACUAUUUUGCAAAAGUGGGAGGCUUAACACUGAGGGAAAUGAACAUUCUAGAAGUUGAAUUUUUGUUCAUGAUGCGGUUCCGCUUGCAGGUGACAGUGAGCGUGUUUGAAAGCUAUUGCUCCCACUUUAAGCGAGAGGUUUCAUUGGGUGGAGGGCUUCAGAUUGAGAGGACUAUUCUCAGUUUAUCCAAUAAUGAAACAAAGAAAUCAUGUAUACGAGAAGAGAGCAAAAAGCAGACAUUAGACAUAAGCUACAGCUUUGCAGGAUGCCAAAAGUAA